ACAUUUUUUUUGAACGGACACAGGAAAAAAAAUUCCGAUAUCAUCCUGAAUAGGUUUAAUUUAAAAGUCUUUUGAGUAACUAAAGUUAAGCGACUAAAAUGUCCAGUUCUAAAGAUAGUGACAUCAUUUCGACCCAUCUUUUUCAAGAUGUCCUGCUCGAUGUCCCAGUCACAUUCUACGUGAUAAGAAUGAAGGACUGUCUCUUCCUUUGGAUUGGAGACCAGGGCAAAUUCGAGAGCCUUGCCGUCGCCAUCAAGACCCCUUAUAACAGUUCUCCCUUAUGCACGAGCAUCAUGGGAUACUCGGCGGACGACCACAGCUCAGCAUUGGCCGCAAAGCUGAGCACGAGGAUAGGCAAACAAGUAUUUGCCAGCUAUAAUCUGUCGAACUCGAGUGGCAGCCUAGUUAUUUUAGUCUGCGAAAGGAUUUUUAGGGAGUACCUGGGGCAUCCAGAACAUUUUUGAAUUCCAUUUUUGAAAUGUAUCAAAAAGUUUUGAAAUUAUUACUUCCAUACUCUUGUGAUAUGCAUCUGUUUAUAUCAUAAUCUAAAGGUGUUUUCCAGUUUUUCAAUAAAGUUGUUUUCAGUUUUC